UGUAUGAACUGUGUCCAGGUGCAUGUUUUUAUUCAUUCAGCAGUAUUAAGUCUAUCUAGCCUGCUGCUUUUGCUUAAUACCUGUCUUUACUUAUCACUAUCCUUAGGAGAUACCAUGAGUAAUCCAAUUGGAGAUGAUGCACAAUCUGCCCAAGAUGAAGAAGACCGUGAAGGUGAGUUGCUCUGCUUGAGGAUUAAAGCCCAGUUGGAGGAUUUGUUCUCCAAUCGCCACCUGGCAGACGACGGCUUCCUGCUGAAACAUGUGCAGAAGAACAAGCAGGGCUAUGUCAGUCUCAAGCUCCUCACUUCUUUGAAAAAGAUAAAGGUCCUGACCACAAACUGGUACAUGACUCUAGCAGGAGCAGAGUACUCAGAACUUCUGGAGGUGAAUGAUGAAUGCACCAAAGUGAGGCGGAUAGAGCCUCUUCCCAAAUGGCUGCUGUGUUCCCCCACCAACAAGUUCCUCCUCGCCUGGAACAUUGCUGUGGAGAAAACCGGAGAAGACGGCGCGGCCCGAGGCCUGGAGCCCCCUUCGCUCUCAGAGAGGAUCCUCCAAAAGUUCAGCGCUCACGGCAGCAUUGCUGCAGUCUGGAUCCUGCAUCCUAGCAAAGAGCUUCCCAAGGAGCUGCAGUGCUAUGCCAAACGUCACAAAGAGCUUGGCCAACAUUUGUGUGCAGUGGUGAAGUUUGACCACUUGGAGGCGGUUCGUAAAGCCUACAGUGUCCUGAAAGCAGAAGAGGAGAAGUCUAAUGGUGAGGGCAUGUGUGUGGUACCUUUGGGAUUCCAGCCAAUGCACCACGUCACCAAGGACAAACCAUCAGAGGAAAACAACGAGGCCCACCCUGAGGACACACAUUCCCAGGAAAAGCCACUUGACAUCUCUGAGGAGUCAGUCCAUGAGGAACCCUGUUCGCCAGCUAAAGUUUCUGACGAGACUCCAGACACAUCUCAGCCCCAAGAGUCCUUGGAUAACUCCAUGCAAAGAACCUCCGAGCAGAUCUCCACCAGCUGUUACGGCCAGUCCUUCUCUGGUUUGAAUCAGAGGUAUGGUAGGAUGAGCUGGUGCUCUGGAGACUGUGAUAAAGAUAAUUCUCAGAGCCCCUGGGUGCUGAGGCGCAAAUUUGCAGCCAGUGCAUUAUACCCCAAGGUGGCUGGGCACCUGAAUGCGCCCUGCUUGAUGCAAAGAGUGCUGCGACAGCCCUUCGGCCCUGACAGCAGCAGGGGCUUUCAGGGCAGAGGGAAGCCGCUGCAGCAGGAAGAGAUCAAACUCUCCCUUGGAUGAAGUAAUACUACCUGUGCUGAAUAACAGUGGCAGAUUUGUGGAGCAACAACACACUACAAAAAUUUUAAAGUUGAUAAAGCAAAUAAAGUAUUUUUUGCAUUAAACAACUGUUUGUUGUGGGUUACAUGUAGUUGUAAACCACUGACAGACGGGGGCAGCAUA